AUGCCACCGAAGAAGCAGGAGAAACAGGCCAGUUCCAGCAAGGCCGCCAUUGAUAAGACUUUUGGUUUGAAAAACAAAAAAGGCGCCAAGAAUCAGAAACUUGUUGCUCAAAUUAAGCAACAACAGAGUGUAACUGGAAAGUCACCGGCUACGCUUGCCAAAGAACGGGAGAGGGAACUUCGUGCGAAGGAAAAAGCUGAAGCUGAGAAGAAGGCCAAGGAGGAUGCAAAGUUGUUCGCUCAGGCUCCCCAAAAGGUUCCGCCAGGUGUCGAUCCGAAGUCUAUAUAUUGCAAUUUUCACAAAGCUGGAUACUGCGAGAGGGGGAACAAGUGCAAGUUUAGUCAUGACCCUGACGUUGGGAGAAGAUCUGAAAAGAAGGAUAUAUAUUUUGAUUCGCGGGAUGAGAAGGCGAAUGACACCAUGGAUCAAUGGGACGAGCAGAAGUUGCGUACGGUGGUUGACUCGAAAAAGAAUAAGCCGACUACGGAUAUCGUCUGCAAAUACUUUAUUGAUGCCAUCGAGAGUCAGAAGUUUGGUUGGUUUUGGACAUGCCCGAACGACGUCGCAGAGAAGAACGGUUGUAUCUAUCGGCAUGCAUUGCCUCCAGGCUUCAUGCUAAAAUCCCAAAAGAAAGCGAUGGACGCGGAGAAGGUGACUAUAUCGUUAGAGGAGUUUAUCGAGGUGGAACGCCAUAAACUAGGGAAGAACCUCACUCCUGUCACCCCCGAGACUUUCGAAAAAUGGAAACAAAAUAGACAAGACAAGAAGCUUGCUGAAGAAGAGGCUCGCAAGGCUGCCAAGGAUGCAAAACAUGCUGCUGGGAAGAGUGUCGGGAUGUCUGGAAGAGAUUUGUUCUCGUACAAUCCUGAAUGGUUUGAGGCAGAUGAUGAGGAACAAGACGGUGGGGACGAGGAUUGGGACUGGGCAACAUAUCGGAAACAACAGGAAGAAGAGAACGAGCGGGAAGAGAAGGAACGGAUCGAUCGCUUCAAUGAAGCGUUUUCAGUAACAACAUUGGAUGAAGGACCAUAG